UCUGACCUUAUUUUCGGCGUGUAUUCCAAAAUCCUUAUUCGACAUUCAUUUUGCCUAUAGGAAUGGCUGAAAGAACCAGAGCUAAAUCAUUUCCUGUUUUUAGGACUACACGCUGGCAAGCUCCUGACACCAAGUCACAAACCUCGCCCAUUUCAUUUUAAACCUAACCCUGAAUUUAAAUUAAGAGCAAAAAGCAUUUUUUUUGUGUGUGCCAAUUUUGACUUUUUGGCUGUGGCUGUGGCUAUAUAGAAGCUUGUGGAAACCCCUGGACUACUUUGGUAUUACCCGCCCCUCCCUUCUCAGCCUAUCACUGCUGACUUCUCUACCGGAAGUUUUUUCCGAACUCUACGCGGGAAACCAAUGUUUUGUCUCUGCUGUCCGCUUGUAGACUGGACUCCGCGCGGGACGACGCAGCAGAAAAGUUAAACAGUGGAAAAAAACUGUAGGAAGAUGAAGGUGAUAACAUGUGAGAUUGCGUGGCACAACAAAGAACCUGUCUACAGUCUGGACUUCCAGCACAACUCAGAGGGCCGCAUACACAGGCUGGCCACAGCAGGAGUGGACACCACUGUCAGGUUGUGGCGUGUGGAGAUGGGGCCUGAUGGGAAAGCAGUGGUGGACUUCCUGUCCAACCUAGCACGGCACACCAAGGCUGUCAACGUGGUGCGCUUCUGCCCCAACAGUGAGCUGCUCGCUUCUGGAGGAGAUGAUUCAGCCAUCCUGCUGUGGAAGCUGAAUGACAAUAAGGAGCCUGAGCAGGCCCCGUCAUUCCAGGAGGAGGAGGAUAGUCAGCUCAACAAGGAGAGCUGGAGCGUGGUCAAGACCCUGCGGGGACAUAUUGAGGAUGUGUAUGAUAUCAGCUGGACCCGGGAUGGGAACUUCAUGGUCUCUGGUUCUGUGGACAACACUGCCAUUAUGUGGGAUGUAACAAAGGGUCAGAAGCUGUGCAUCUUUAACGACCAUAAGAGCUAUGUGCAGGGAGUUACCUGGGACCCGCUGGGCCAGUAUGUGGCCACACUCAGCUGUGACAGGGUGAUGCGUGUGUACAGUACUCAGAGCAGGAGGAAAGUCUACAGUGUCAGUAAGAUGAGCUCUGGAUCAGCUGCGGAGGGAGAGGUGAAACAGUACCGAAUGUUCCAUGACGACAGCAUGAGGUCUUUCUUCAGACGCCUCACCUUCACACCGGACGGCUCCUUCCUGCUCGCCCCAGCGGGGUGUGUGGAGGCGGGGGAGAACAUCACCAACACCACCUACGUCUUCUCCAGGAAGAGCCUCAAGAGGCCCAUAGCUCACCUGCCCUGCCCUGCUAAAGCCACCCUGGCUGUACGCUGUUGCCCUGUCUACUUUGAGCUGAGGACCAAGAAGGGAGAGGAUGGCAGUGCCCAGCCCCUGCCCAACACGUUUGGCUUGCCCUACAGACUGGUGUUUGCUGUGGCCUCCGAGGAUUCCAUCUUCCUCUAUGACACUCAGCAGACCCUACCUUUCGGCUACGUCUCCAACAUCCACUACCACACACUCAGCGACCUAACCUGGUCUCGGGAUGGUUCCUUCCUGGCGGUGUCGUCUACAGACGGCUACUGCUCCUUCCUGUCCUUCUCCCCUGGCGAGCUGGGCACGCCCCUCAAGGAGCCCCCUGUCCUGGAGGUCAUCACCCCUGGCAACGGGCCCGAAAAGAAGGGCAAGAAGGUUGCAACGGCCCGCACGGUGUCCCCCGUCCCCAAAACAACAGAGAGCACCGCCCCUGUUCACCCCACCCCUAAAGAGGCCCCCAGCACCCCCCUCUCCUCCCUCACCUCCCCUGGCACCCCCCUGACCCCUGGGGGAGAGGAGAAGAAGAACCCUGGUAGGGCCAAGACCCAUCCCCGUAGGAUCACCCUCAACACCCUGGAGGGGUGGGGCAAGCCCAGCACCCCCAAAGCGCCUGCUGCUAGUACCCCCAAAACCCCCACCACCAGCACACCUUCCACCCCUCAGCAGCCUCGCCUCACCCUCUCUACCCCCAACACCCCCCUCGCCCCCUCUAUAGCCCAGCCCUGCCUCACGCCAAAAGCCCAAUGCAGCAGCGGUAAAACCCUGGGCCCCAGCACCCCAAAAGCUAGCAACACCCCUAAAGGGCCUGCCCCCAGACGGAUAUCUCUGACUCCUGUCGUCUCCAGAUCUCCAGCUACCUUCAGCACACCCUCCUCCACAGAGAAAGCCAAACAUGAACGGCCCUCUCCCCCCACUGACCCUGUGUGCCAGCCACCAGAGUCCAAGCGGCCCAAAACCAGCACUCUGGCAGACAAGACAGGGGUGUCUCCAGCCUCAGGGUCAACACCCAAACCCUAAGGACCCCACGCUACUAAGAACACUGAAGCACGAGUACAGAGCAGCACAGAGAGUCGUUUCAACAUGCAACUCACAUAUCCUCCUACACACCUACACUCAGACACACACACACACUUUUGGAGUUUAGCCUACAGAACUGCAUAGACUGGUGUUGUCAGCUAAAACACACAAGUUCACAGAGCGAAGACUGGCAUUUUCCUCCUAACAUUAUUCUGUAUGUUUUUGUAACUUGACGUUCUCAAUCUGUAGCUCUUUUUGGUGGAUAACCAGGUUAUUGUGAAAUUGAAAUAAAGGAUAUGAAACAAAAAGUUUAAAAUAAGAUGCACCACCUUAGUCCAAAAGAAGCCUAGCUCAUGUAUAAAACUCAAUGGUCAUUUACUUUUAGUCAGAAUUAUUGUCUGUAUAAGUAUUAUAUUAGUACACUAUAUAUACAGUGCCUUUUGGAAAGUAUUCAGACCACUUGACUUGUUACACAUUUUCUUACGUGACAGCCUUAUUCUAAAAUGUAUUAAAUAAAACAUUUUCCUCAGCAAUCUACACACAAUACCCCAUAAUGACAAAGCAAAAAAUGUUUUUAGACAAGUUAUUAAAAACAAACCUUUUUUACAUAAGUAUUCGGAAUGUUUGCUAUGAGACUCAAAAAUAAGCUCAUGGGCAUCCUAUGUUCAUUGAUCAUCCUUGAGCUGUUUCUACAACUCAAUUGGAGUCCAUCUGCGGUAAAUUCAAUUGAUUGGACAUGAUUUGGAAAGGCACAUGC